AUGUCUCCCAUUCAGUGGGCCCUCAACUACCAAAUCCGUGCCGCCAUUCUCACUGAACCCGCUCCACCGGGAGGUUCAGAGGGGAAGAACUAUGUCCCAUCCACCCUGCGUAUAACCCUUCUGGACUCCGUUCAUACCUCUCCGGGAUCAGGACACCCAGGCAGCCGCCGAACCCUCUCGCUCCUCCAGAACCGCUACUGGUGGCCCAACAUGGCCCGAGAUGUCGCCCCGGUAUAUCAAAGGAUGUUCGGUCUGUUCCAUCUCCACCAUGCCACAUCGUCUGCCCGAGGGAUUAACAAAAACACCUACGUUGCUUUCAAGCGAGGGAAACAUGCCGAAGCGUUGUGCAAAUCUGAUACCCGGUCUCCUAAAAGUUUGGACGGGGUAGUGGAAUUUUUUCUCUCCCCGAAACUUAAAACACAAGGGGAGAAAUGCCGGGCGUGGAUCAAGCAGUGUGGGAGGCCCCAUUCACAACUAAAUGUCGACAGGAUUAACAAAAACACCUACGUUUGCUCCAAGCAUUUUGCUAAUCGACGGCCUACCCCUGAGUACCCCAAUCCGAUCGCAGCUCUCCAGGGGUUACUUCUGAGGAGGGAACAUCAGGGGGCUUGCCGGAGAUCUCCAAGGAAAAGGAAGCCAGCACCUCAAACUCCACUGAGGACACAUUUCACAGUACAUCACAACAGAGUGACUCUACCUAUGUCUUCUGCGCACAUUACAAAGAAGUCACACCAAGGCAUUCCUGGACAGUCUUGGCAGCUGUUCUUUGCUGGACAUUUAAUUUCCAAAAGGCCAAAGCUUGUACCAUCUACGACCUUGCUGUCUGGGGAUGUGCCAAGGUGUGGAGCAUGGGGGUUCACUACAAAGCCGCAAGGGUAUACCAGAUUACCUGUUACGUUCGAGUACUGCUGCGCUGCCACAGGUUCUAGCUCUACCCCUCUCCUCAUUGCUUUGGUCUGCAUUUUGGAUGUGCCCUUGGUUCUCACAGCCAAGGUGUCAAAAGUCGGCUCUCCUAGAGCA